CCAGUGGGUAUAGGCAUCAAGAGAAUCAAGGCCUUCUAUAUACCAAAAAUAGAGAGUAAGAGAGAUCAACAGGAGGCAUUCAGGAUGAAGACCAGUGAAUGAUGGUCUGGGCUGCCUUGAGAUCCUCAGGUUUCUCACUAAGCAGCCCUUCCCUUAGUAGGGCCACCUGAUUGGGUGUUUCCAUUGCUGCUAUGUCACAAAGGGGGCAGCCUUGCAUCUCCAGAGUCACCCAAAGCCCUGUUGGAAGACCAUGGCAGUGCAACCAGAGGGGCUGAAAUGUAGGGUGGAGGAGUCCAGUGCAGAGAGGGGCACAGCUGAGCCUUUUUUGAGGCUCCACAACUUGUACCCCACCCCGCGCUGCUCCAGGCAGGCCACCCUGCCCAGGCUGAGCCGCAGGGUGGUCAGCCAGCACUCCUACCCACUGAACCGCUUCUCCUCUGUGCCCUUGGACCCCAUGGAGCGCCCCACCUCCCAGGUGGACCUGGAGCUGGAUUACAACCCUCCCCGGGUUCAGCUCAGUGAUGAGAUGUUUGUCUUCCAAGAUGGGCGCUGGGUGAAUGAGAACUGCCGCCUGCAGUCUCCCUACUUUUCUCCUUCCUCCUCCUUCCACCACAAGCUGCAUCACAAGAGGCUGGCCAAGGAAUACCUGCUGCAGGAGGAGAACAAGUCUCUGCGGGAGGAGAACAAGUCCCUUCGGGAGGAGAAUAAGACCCUCCGCAAGGAGAACAAGAUCCUGCAGGUCUUCUGGGAGGAACACAAGGUAGCCCCGGGCCGGGAGGAGAGCAGGGCCUCCUCCCCGCUGCUACACAAGGACAACACGCCCCUGGAGGUGGUAAAGAAGGACAACACUGCUCUGCAAGUGCACCGCGGCAAGGAGAACAACACGCUUCAGCUCCUCAGGGAGGAGAACCGGGCCCUGCAGCAGCUGCUGGAACAGAGAAAGGCCUACUGGGCCCAGACAGAUGAGAAGACAGCACCCGUGGAGGAAAAUCAGUCAGCAGCUCUACCUCACGAGGAGCCCCAUGGCCCCGGGCUGCUGCCUGACCAGGGCCCUGGCCUCUCCUUGCCCUUUGAGGACCCCAAGGGGCCCUCUACUGCGCAGGAUGACUCCAAGACACUCCGAGCACUGCGUGAGAUGGUCAACAACCUAAGUGGGUCUUCUGGGGAGGAAGAAAGCAAGGCAGGCCCAGGCCUGAUUGACAACAGCCAGUCCUUGGAGCUGCUGAGAGAGAUGAACCAGGCGCUACAGGCCCUGAGAGAGGAGAACCAGAGCCUGCAGCUCCUCCGCGAGGAGAACCGACUUCUGCAGGAGGAGAACAGGGCCCUGCAUGUGCUGCGGGAGGAGCACAGGCUCUUCCAGGAGGAGAACAAGGCCCUGUGGGAGAACAACAAACUGAAGCUUCAGCAGAAGCUGGUCAUUGACACCGUGACCGAGGUCACCGCACGCAUGGAGAUGCUCAUCGAGGAGCUCUAUGCCUUCAUGCCGGCCAAGAACAAGGACCCCAAGAAACCCAGUAGGGUCUGAAGCCUCCAGGAUGUACAACAGUAUCAGCUUGGGGCACAGAACACUUGAUAGAAGAAAAUCUCCUGGUUCCAUUUGUGUUCCUUGCCUUCACCCACCAGUUUGUGCCUGUUGAAGAGCAGAAUUAUUGGCCUUCCUAAGCUCAGAGAAGUAAUAAAGGUGUGAGGAGGCUGGGGCCAGUUAACACCAGU